AUGGCAAACAUCACAGUGCCUCCUGAUACUACGAGUGGUGGAUACGGAAGCGGUGGGUACGGUGGCGGUGGAUACGGUGGCGGUGGAUACGGUGGCAGUGGACAGAGUGGCCUUUAUGGUGGAUAUGGUGGCGGUGGAUACGGUGGCGGUGGAUACGGUGGCGGUGGACUAGGUGGUGGAUACAGUGUCGGUGGAUAUGGUGGCGGUGGAUACGGUGGCGGUGGACUAGGUGGAGGAUACGGUGGCGGUGGAUACGGUGGCGGUGGAUACGGUGGCGGUGGAUACGGUGGCGGUGGAUACGGUGGCGGUGGAAUCGGAGGAGGAUAUGGAGGCGGUUGA